UAAGAAAAAUGACCUGGAUGUAGUGGUACAUGCCUGUAAAACAAACUCCUGUCUUGCUAGUGAGACUCGGGUGGGUUUGGUCUAAUCCUUUCCUCUUUGUAAUGAGGUAAGUGAAGCUUAGAAAGGUAAUUAUAUUAGGGUGACCAUACAUUUCCCUUUAGUCCAUUGAAAUCUGCUUUCAAAGUGAAAGAGUUGUCCAAUAUGAGCGAUUUCUGCCAUUACUGAUAUACAUGCAUUAUUAUUAAAAUGCUCGAAUUAUUUUUCUGGUUACUUUGGCCUUGCUAUCACGCUUCCUUCCAGCAUGUAGGAAGAAGUAGGCAGACUUUCACUCCAAAUCUCUUACCCCAAACAGCGGAGGGCCCUGGGGUUAUUUUGGUGCUGGAGAUACCUGUGAUACUUUCUAAACACCGUACUCCUUCUCAGCACAAAGCCUUGUCCAGGGGCUCUGGCCUCCACCUGUGACAUUGACACAAUACAGCCCCAGUGUUCAGUGUAUGCUGGCGCUGGGUCUUGCCAAUAUUGUGACCACUCGGUGAGAACAGGCUGGAGAUUCUACUGUAGGAGUGAAGCCCAACUCCAGUGGAAACAGUGAUGUAUAUUCUACGUUGCUUUUUACAGGGACAAAGUAAAGGUUUCAGUACCUCAUAAACUCCCCAAUGCUUCCUGUUUACCAGAGGGCCUUUCUCAGACAUGAGCGCCUAGUGUGUGUAUAUCUGCCAGGGGCCAGGCUCUGGAGAAGUUCAGACAGUAUCAAAUACUGCCUUCAAACAGCUUAGGUUCUAGUUUGGUGGCUCUGUCUGGUGUGGAGGAGAGCAACCUGCCCCCUUCUGCACUGCAGCACCAACUCCCUCUUCUGGAAAAUGCUGGUGCAGUAUUUAUAUUAUUGUGGCAGGCGGAUGAUGGGGACCGUGGGGACAGCCGUGAUCAGACUGGUGUCUGCAAGUAUACAUUCUUGUGGAGAGAGGAAGGCAACACCUAAGUAAACACCUAAGUGAACUAGACGAACUCAGAUAGUGACAAUAGCUAGGGCCAAUGUAAAAAUGGUGCGGUGACUUAGAAAUGCUUGUGGCCUCGUGGAUCAAAGAGACUUUUCCAGCUGAUGGAGAACAUUCCACAAUAGAACCCAAGAGAAAUCUUGGAGAUCAUCUGUUCCUAGCCUUGUCUGCAUUAGUCUCUCUAGAGAGCUUUUAAAAAAUACAUAAGCCCAGGCUCGGCUCUUAGAGAUGCUGGUUUUAUUGGCCCAAGGUAGAGCCAAGUAUUUGUAAAUUUUGAAAGCUAUUCAGAUAAUUCUAGUUGAGAAGCCUCUGAAGUCCAACCCCCUUACUUUAUGUGUGAGUCACCUGGCCCCCAUUAUAGCGAAACAGUGUUGAGUAGUGGAAACCCUUUUAUAUAGGGUGGGGGAGGAGGACGAUGUGGGUUCUCAUCUCAGAUCUAUGAUGCAAUAAUUAUCAAGUUACCUCAAUUGCUCACUUUCCCCAUUUGUAAAAUUAGAGGCUUGGACAUGAUAGCCAUCAUCAGAAUGUUUGCUGGCCCUACCCAUCUAUGGAAAAGUUUCUGUUAACAUAGAAAAAUGGUCUGGUUUCUUUUGGGGGGACUUAGAAGAGGCAACCCAUACCACCUCCUUUCCUUAGUCCCAGUCUCUACCCUUAAUUGACAUAGGUGCUUCAGUCAGCUACUCAGUUCCUUUGGAAGCCAAAAUUUAAGGCAGAAAGAAGUAAUUACUUCAUGUCAACUGUUUGAGUACAUUUAAAAACAAGCAAGCCUUCAUUAAUAUUCAUCAUAAAUAUGUCCAGACUUAGUUCUGGUAAAUUACAGUCAGACCUUAUUUAUCAAAUUCUAGCCCAAAGCUUUUUCCAUUUUUGAUGGUUGAUUUAAAACACAGGGGGAGGAGAUGGUUGUUUAAAAAUGGAAACCCUGGAAUAGCCUUGACCAUUCCACACCACAGUGAUUUCUUUCCUUACCAAAUAUUCCAUGCCAGAAACCCAAAGCAAUUGAGUCACUCCCAAUGUGUUGUUCGCAGAUUAUUAGCAAGCAGAAGCAGAGUAUCUCCGUUGUUGUCAGCUUAUGAAAAACAAAGGCAGAACUAAACACUAGCAUGAAAAAUAUCAUUUUACUUCCUUUCUUGAGACCCAGUGUCGCUAAGAUCUUGAGUUUCAAUGAAACAUUUAUCCAGAAAGAUAACUGUUCAUUAUAAACCAGCAUGGCGUGAUGCAAGCACCUGAACUUCAUUUCCUUCUCGUGUGGAAUUUCCCAGUGGGGAGUGAGAAUAUUCAGCAGUUUCAGAAGUGAUAAAGGAGUUUGAAAAGAAAAUCUGAUGGGAGCUGGUAAAUGAAAUGAGAGCCCUCUCUUUUUCAGCAGAGGUCUUCAAAGAUUUGUAUGUUGCCUCUUACGCCUGAAUAUAUUUAAGAAAUCGCACAGACAUCGCACUCACAUCUACAUAAGAUUAUGAAAAAUCAUCUCCCUCUAACUUAAGUCACCUUUGUUAAUAUAGCGAGCAACUUGUGAAAGUGAUAUUGUUUAACAACACAAUAGGUUUGAUACAAAUCUAUUUCAAAAUGUUUCUACCACAAGCAAAAUCUCGUAGCACAGAAGUGUUUUGUUUCCACUGUUGCAGAGAAACAAAGUUGUUUAAGAUGAGUUAAGAUGUCUCAGAGUUUUUGGCAGACUUUCUAAGCCCCCCUGCUGCUGUCGCCUUCAGAAUCCUUUUUGAAGUGGCUUGGAAGUUUCUGUGUAAUUUCAGUGGCUGGUUAGGGAAAAUAUUGGCUAAAGGACUCCCUUGGACUGUUCCAAUGGAUUGAACAUUUUCAGAAUGUUUUCGUUUGCUAGAAAUAUGUUUUGUACCCAGGCUUCUCUUCUGGAAGAAGGUUGGUUACCAGCCCUCUGAUGAUGCCUCGGGGGUGUUUACAGAAAAUGUGGGUGCUGCAGUUAUAUUGGAGCACAGCCCUCCCCCCACAAAGAUAGUGUGGUAAUCAGCAGGAACGUGAAAACAUGUAUUUAAGGAUUGAUGCUUGUAAAAGAGGUGCUGUAAAGAGCCGUGGUUGUUCAGAUGUGAGGAAUGACUGACAGUUCUCCUUGUAGGCAUGCUAGUAACAAUAAAGUCUAGAAGUUCAACAUCAAAGCGAUCACAGCUUACUCCACCAGUGACUUGCACAUCAAAGAGGGAGCACAAGACAAAGGAAGUGCACGGAGCUCAAAUUGAAAUUAUUCCAUGCAAGAUCUGUGGAGACAAAUCAUCAGGAAUCCAUUAUGGUGUCAUUACAUGUGAGGGCUGCAAGGGCUUUUUCAGGAGAAGUCAGCAAAGCAAUGCCACCUACUCCUGUCCCCGUCAAAAGAACUGUUUGAUUGAUCGAACCAGUAGGAACCGCUGCCAGCACUGCCGAUUACAGAAAUGCCUUGCCGUAGGGAUGUCUCGAGAUGCUGUAAAAUUUGGCCGAAUGUCAAAGAAGCAGAGAGACAGCUUGUACGCGGAAGUGCAGAAGCACCGGCUGCAGCAGCAGCAGCGCGACCACCAGCAGCAGCCCGGGGAGGCCGAGCCGCUGACGCCCACCUACAACAUCUCGGCCAACGGGCUGACGGAACUUCACGACGACCUCAGCAACUACAUCGACGGGCACACCCCGGAGGGCAGCAAGGCCGACUCUGCUGUCAGCAGCUUCUACCUGGACAUACAACCUUCCCCAGACCAGUCAGGUCUCGACAUCAACGGAAUCAAACCAGAACCGAUAUGUGACUACACACCAGCAUCGGGCUUCUUUCCCUACUGUUCCUUCACCAAUGGGGAGACUUCCCCCACUGUGUCCAUGGCAGAGUUAGAACACCUUGCACAGAAUAUAUCUAAGUCACAUCUGGAAACCUGCCAGUACUUGAGAGAAGAGCUCCAGCAGAUAACGUGGCAGACGUUUCUGCAGGAAGAGAUUGAGAACUACCAAAACAAGCAGCGGGAGGUGAUGUGGCAAUUGUGUGCCAUCAAAAUUACAGAAGCUAUACAGUAUGUGGUGGAGUUUGCCAAACGCAUUGAUGGAUUUAUGGAACUGUGUCAAAACGAUCAAAUUGUGCUUCUAAAAGCAGGUUCUCUAGAGGUGGUGUUUAUCAGAAUGUGCCGUGCCUUUGACUCUCAGAACAACACCGUGUACUUUGAUGGGAAAUAUGCUAGCCCGGACGUCUUCAAAUCCUUAGGCUGUGAAGACUUUAUUAGCUUUGUUUUUGAAUUUGGAAAGAGUUUAUGUUCUAUGCACCUGACUGAAGAUGAGAUUGCAUUAUUCUCUGCGUUUGUACUGAUGUCAGCAGAUCGCUCAUGGCUGCAGGAAAAGGUAAAAAUUGAAAAACUGCAACAGAAAAUUCAGCUAGCCCUUCAACACGUCCUACAGAAGAAUCACCGAGAAGACGGAAUACUAACAAAGUUAAUAUGCAAGGUCUCUACAUUAAGAGCCUUAUGCGGACGACAUACAGAAAAGCUAAUGGCAUUUAAAGCAAUAUACCCAGACAUUGUGCGACUUCAUUUUCCUCCAUUAUACAAGGAGUUGUUCACUUCAGAAUUUGAGCCAGCAAUGCAAAUCGAUGGGUAAAUGUAUCACCUAAGCACUUCUAGAAUGUCUGAAGUACACACCUGGAAAAAAAAAAAAACAAAAAAAAUUAACCGAGACACUUUACAUGGCCCUGCACAGACCUGGAGGCCCACACACUGCACACCUUUUGGUGAUCGGGGUCAGGCAAAGGAGGGGAAACUGAAAACAAAUAAAAGUUGAACUUGUUUUUCUCAUGCA